AUGACGUCCGCAACCCUCGCCGCUCCUUCCGCUGCCUCCGCGCGUCUAGCGGGGCCUUCCGCCGCGGGAUGCGGGCAGCCCGCCACGUGUUCCCUCAUCGCAUCCUCUGCUGGUGUCUCCAGACGCGCCUCCGCCGCCCUUACGAGCGACUUUCUCCCAUCGCGGCCCGUUAACAGACAAGCGCUGCGGGCAGCAACGGGCCGCAAGCCGCGAGCAACCUCCGUGCGCCCCGGCCACGUGUUCACGUCUGCUGACGUGGCGCAGCUGCGCGGAGCGCGCGAGGCGAUUAAGGACAUCAUCACGAGCAAGUCGUGCAACCCUAUUCUCAUUCGCCUGGGCUGGCAUGAUGCGGGCACGUUCGACAAGAGUGUGGGAGAGUGGCCGAAGCAGGGCGGCGCCAACGGCAGCAUUCGCUUCCGCCCCGAGAUCGACCACGGGGCCAACAAGGGGCUCGCGGGGGCCAUCGCGCUGCUACAGCCGGUCAAAGACGCCUUCCCUGCCGUCAGCUGGGCCGACCUGUUCCAACUCGCCAGCGCUACAGCCGUGGAGUUCGCAGGCGGGCCGGUCAUCCCCAUGAGGUACGGCCGAGUGGAUUCUACCGGACCCGAGGACUGCACACCUGAAGGCAACCUGCCAGAUGCGGGUCCCCCCUCCCCAGCGGAGCAUCUGCGCAAGGUGUUUUACCGCAUGGGGCUCAACGACCAGGAGAUAGUGGCCCUGUCAGGAGCGCACACGCUGGGGAGGGCCUAUGCCGAUCGCAGUGGCUGGGGCAAGGAAUCCACCAAGUACACGAAAGAUGGCCCGGGUCGGCCUGGAGGCUCCUCGUGGACUGUGCAGUGGCUCAAGUUCGACAACUCCUACUUCAAGGACGUGAAGGCCAAGCAGGACGAGGAUCUGCUGGUGUUGCCAACGGAUGCUGUUCUCUUCGAGGACCCGGGCUUUAAGGUCUAUGCAGAAAAGUACGCUGCAGACCAGGCGGCGUUCUUCAAAGAAUACGCAGCGGCACACAAGGCACUGAGCGAGCUGGGAGCCAAGUUCGACCCUCCCCAGGGGGUGGCUUUGGACACAGAGGGCCCUCGCCCCGUGAAGUUUGUAGCGGCUGAAUACUCGUCCGGGAAUACCCAGACGGAGAUGUCGAGUGCCAUGAAGAAGAAGCUACGAGACGAAUACAUCGGCUUGGGCGGCAGUCCCGACCGCCCGCUGCAGACCAACUAUUUCCUGUAUAUCAUGAUUGGCGUGGCGGUGCUCGCCAUCCUUACCAAGCUCACAGGAGCUAUUUGA